AUGACUGGGGUUCCCGUCCUCCUCGCCGUCCUGCUCUUUUCAUCCUGCGAAGGACUCAUGGUUGCACGAGAUGCCGAUGGACAAAGUGCCCGUUUUGUGGGCCGCAUAGGAGCAAUCAUUGAUCUAAGCUCACCCGACGGCAGUCUGCAGAAGCUCGCCAUGGAGCUGGCUUUGGAGGAUUAUACGAGGUCUAAUGCCAACGUACUCUCUCUCCACGUUCGGGAUUUCAAAGGCAUUCCAACGCAAGCAGCUCACCAAGGUACCUAUUCCUUCCGUGGAAAUCGACGAAGUUACUUGUAGACUUUCGUCUAGACAGAAAUGCUCUACCCAAACCCUCUUGGUAUCUUUUUUUGUUUCCAUCCUCAUCGAACUUCAGUCCUCGCAGUCACAUGAAAUCCAUGGUUCUGGAUACAAUAAAGAGAUGAUUCUUUGACUGAAGCUCUUCCAACCAUAGAUAUAAUAUGAUAGGCCUUGUUUUUGGGGGUUCAAUUCUCUCUGGUGGUCAUAUAAAAAACGAAAUGACGUAACUCGAGGUCUAGUUUAUGCACAAGGAACCAUUCGGGUGAUACUUGCCAAAAUUGAACUGAUCUAUCCUCCAUGAAAUAUCAUUGAAUCGACGGAAGCUCUUUGAUCCUUCCGUGAUCACACACACCUCCUUCUUCCCCUUUCUUUCAAAAUCUUAUUUUUCGAUCGAGUGGAAUGUUACAGAUCUAGUUUUUUCUCUCUCUAUUCAAUGGUCGUUGACUGCUGAGCUGUCACCAUCGCGAUAUAAAGCCUUCUUUGGUCACCAAGUACGAGAACUUUGUGGCCGUUGACUGAUAUAUAUAUAUAUAUAUAGAUAAUAUGUAUAUAUAUCACCGUCCUUUUCAGGGAAGAUGAAGGUCCCUAGCCGAAGUAAGUCAGCUGCUUUUCGUCAUACAAUCCCAUAUUCCUGAACAAUACACAUUCAGAGAGGAAAAAAACUACUCAUUCAUCUUAUUUCGGAUCGAAACUCCUUCAGGCUCUUUUUGUUGAUCUCCAACCCCUGUCGUUCUCCAGCUGAACUUCCGAACUAACGUGAAUACAGCAAGAAGACUCAUCAAUGACCAGAGGGUACAAUCCAUCUUCGGGCUCCAGACAUGGAUGGAAAUAGCCGCCGUUGCAGACAUUGGGAACAAAGCCCAGGUUCCCAUGUUCUCAUUAUAUAAUGCAAACCCAUCAUGGGCCACUGGGCGCUGGCCCUUCCUUCUACGGGCAGCGCGAAGUCAAACCACGCAACUGAAAGCUAUAUCCGCCAUUAUAAGCUCUUGGCAGUGGAGGAGGGUCGCUAUCAUCUAUGAGGACACUGAAUAUAUCGGCAGCAGCACCCUUCCAAAGCUAAUAGAGGCUAUUCGAGAAGCGAACUCAGAUGUAGAGUACCAAUUGGGGAUAUCUCCGUUCUCAUCCAUGUCCGUGGAGCUCGAGAUGCUUAACUCCAGGCAGUCCAGAGUUUUCGUCGUUUACACAAGCCUACCCUUGGCAGUCCGCUUGUUCGCGGAGGCGCAGCGCAAAGGGAUGAUGGAGAAGGGAUACGCGUGGAUAACAACCGACCUCGUCUGCGACACAUUGGACUCAGUCAACUCUUCUGUCAUCCGUUCAAUGCAGGGAAUCCUCUGUUUGAAGAACUACUUCCCUCAUACUGAUAAACUUGCCCACUUCUCCGCGAGACUUCAAAGAAGGUUCAAGCACGAAUACCCGGAGGAAACUCCCCUACAUUCCAGCGUUCUUGGGCUGCAGAUAUAUGACGCCGUGUGGGCGGUGGCGGAAGCUAUGGAUAGAACUGAACCCAAAGGAGACUACUCAUCAUAUUUCCAGGAAGAGAGAAACGAUUCAGGGGAGAAUGAGCCUACCCUUGUCUUCUCCAAAGGCCAUCAACUACUAGGGAGCCUUCUUACGGCAGAUUUCUCAGGACUCAGCGGCAAGGUGAAGUUUUCAGGGGGGAUGCUAGCCCCUAGCCAGAGUUUUGAAGUCAUUAACAUUGUGGGCAGAAGCUACAGAGAGAUAGGCUACUGGACUGACGAUCUUGGCUUCUCAAAGGACCUCUCUUCAGGAUCCAACUACAGCUCAUCGAUGUCGAUACUAGGGGACAUCUUCUGGCCAGGAGGUUUUUCUGUAGCCCCGAGAGGAUGGGCUCCAUCUGUGGGCAAAAUGCCACUGAGGAUCGGUGUUUCGGCCAUAUCCGCCUUCCCCGAGUAUGUCAGAGCCGAUCACAACAGCAAAAGAAACAAGACUGUGAUAUCAGGAUUUUCCAUUGACAUCUUCAAGGAGGUAGUCGAGUAUCUUCCCUACAGCCUGACAUAUGACCUAGUCGCCUAUUACGGCUCCUAUGACUCCUUGGUGGAGCGUGUACCCAUGAAGGUGAGACGACGAUGAUCUUCUCUAGAAUAUUUUCUUUCCUUCAUUCAUAUUUCCUUACGCGACCUCUGCAUGGAAAGAUCUUCGACGCUGUGGUCGGCGACAUCGCAAUCCUGUCAUAUCGUUGCGAGUUGGUGCAAUUCACACAGCCCUACACACAGUCCGGGUACGUAAUGGUAGUACCUCUCAGGCCGGGAAACCCAAACAAAGCUUGGAUCUUCGUCAAGCCUUUCUCGUCGUCCUUGUGGAUCUCGAUUGCGGGCUUGUUGUUGGUGAAUUCGUUGGUUGUCUGGUUGAUUGAGCGGGGUAGGGAGAGGGAUCAAGGCCGAUCCAGGCAACUGAGCGUCUCGAUUUGGCUCUCUUUCGCCAGCCUCUUCGUCCACGGUGAGUUGCCCUCAAACCAGAACUUCGGCGGCACUUGUGCACCUUGAUCGAUUCGUUUUACUUUGUGUGCACAGGAGAGAACGUUCAUAGUAAUCUGUCGCGGGUGAUCGUCGUUGUAUGGCUUUUUGUGGGCCUGGUCUUGACGUCGAAUUACACUGCGAGCUUGAGUUCCAUGCUCACCGUUCAGCGGCUGGAGCCGAGCGUCACCGACAUCAAUCUGCUGAAGGGCAGUGGUGCCGCCAUUGGGUGUAACAGAGGAGGGAGCAUCAUCAACUUCAUCGAGCAGCACCUCGGGUUCCCCAUGAGCAGCAUAAGGCAGUUCGCCACCAUGGAUGAAUACGUGCAAGCAUUCAGGAGUGGGGAGAUCAAGGCCGCCAUCUUUGCCAUGGGGCAUGCCAAGAUGUUUCUCGCCAAGUACUGCAAGGAAUUCACAACGGCAGGGCCGACCUACCACGCUGGAGGAUUCGGCUUUGUAGGGCCUCCUAUCGUCUUACCCUUGUAUUCUCAAUAACUAGGAUUCACGAUUUAGGGUUUAUAACAUCAAUCUUGCAUCACCAGAUCUUCCCCAAAGGCUCUCCUCUCCUUCCAGACGUCUCGGAGGCGAUAUUAAAGGUCUUCGAGAGCGGAAAGAUGAAGCAGCUGGAAGACGGAGUGGUCUCCUCCUACAAUUGCUCAAGUUCCUCAACGCUGGGCUCCGAAAACGAUAGACUGGGCCCGGACAACUUCUGGGGGCUCUUCGUAGUCAUGGAGAUGACAUGCGUCGUCGUCCUCCUUCUCUACAGUUACUCACAGGCGGACUGGGGGAACAGGGCCUCGUUAAUGCUGAUUUCAGCCUCCUUGAAGUGGCUGAGAGAGGCGCCGCUGAGGCUGUACAUAGCAGCUGCUUCUCGCCGGUGGAGAGUGAGGUCCGUGAGCAAGGCUGCCGGCGGCACGAUGACGGCAGAGGAUGCCACAGACUUGGAGAUGAGCACCUCUCAAAUGAUCACGGAAGGCCUCAUUAUUCAGAAGUUUACUUAG